AUGAAUGCUACUGUAAACAGAACAGAAUUUGAUGAUUUACUGAAUGAUACGAAUAUCAAUACAUCAAUGCUAUCACAUUUGAGCCAUAAUUUGCAUAUAUACGGUUAUUUGAUUAUUGGCCCAAUGCUAGUAUUGGUUAACACCCCGAUCUUCUUGCUUGUGAUGUUACGUAAAGCGCUCAGAGCUCCCUAUCUUGUUCUCGCAGUUGUUUUUCUGAACAAUGGAUUAACCGGAAUGAGUGCAGUAUUAAUGGGAGUACAGCGAUGGAUUAUUUCUUCUGUUAAAGAGCAAUUUAUUGUUCAUCAUGACUGCGUCCUUGAUGUUCGUCCCUUUUUUCAGAAAAUAAUCGAAUGUUUUCGGUUUUCUUUGGUGCCAAUCUUUCUUCUAACAAUGUUUUUUGUUGAUGGUUGGAGUUUACUAAUGAAUAGUGUGGAAAGAUUUUGUGUCGUUGCAUUCCCAAUGUAUUACUAUACUCACAGUAAACGAAUAAUCUUUGCAUUAAUUACCAUACAAUAUGCAAUUACUGCCAUUGCAGUGAUUUUUACCGUUGUCGCAAGUUUAAUUGAACCGAAGCGAUAUAUAUCGCAUUUUUGCUUGUUACAAAACGUUUACAACUCUCAUUUUUACGUCACAUUAACAUUAAUGAGUUCCACUGCUUCAUUAUUUAGUAUUAUUGUAAUGGUUAUUGUUAUUCUUCUAUUGAAAAGGAAGUUUGGACCUCAGUUUCUUUCAAAGCAUUCAUAUAACCGUAAUUUAUCACAGUUUCUCAAGAAUCAAAAGCGGUAUACUCAUACAGCACUGAUUUCUUGUUGUUUUACAUUUUUCCUUGUUGUGGUACCAUCAAUAGUGCAAUGUGCUUAUAUGAUGAAUCCAAGUAUACAAUCACAAAUCGUUGUGAUGUUUUGCGUAUAUUUACCAUUUAUAAACUCUUUCAAUAUGGUAAUGUUAUUUAUGUAUCGACAAAAAGAUCUUCGAAACGCCACAAUUCAUAUCUUCAAAUGGCUAUUUGAUAGAAAGAAACAACAUAUCCAACCGGCUACCACUGCUGGAUUUUUAGAAUAA